UGGAUGUCCUCUACAAAGAGGCAACAUCCCCAGUCUUUUCGUCAUGUUCGCGAUACUUCAACUUCAUCUGUUUGGUUAGAAAAUGUGAAUGGCCGUCAACAAACAAUUAAAGCCAAUUCUCUAAACAAUUCUCCAAUUACUGUUCAACAAUAUUCUCCCAGAAAUAUUUACCAUCACGAAGAUGCUACUCAAUCAGUUUAUUUAUUUUAUUAA